UUUGACUUAUUAGUCUGGCCACCCGCUGGGGGAUAUCUGUGAGAUUGCUAGCCUGGCUGCUGGUGCUUUUCAGUGCAUGGGAAACUGGAUGUGGAGGCCUUGUGUACAAGUGGGAGGACAGAUGGAGUGAACACACGGUCACCAACAGUGUAUCUCUUAGACUGUGUACAUCUUAUUGUUUCACAUGUGAUUAACAGUGGAAUAUCACCUGAAAAGAUCAGGGAUUGAGAAAAGUGUAGAAUGCAUGAGAUUGCCUAGGAUUUCUCAGUUUCAAAAACUCUUUAUUUAUUCUUAAUGGCCAGGCUCUUCCAGAGACAGAAAUCAGCAACUAUGCAAAGACAAUCCGUGGCAAUGAAGACCUAACCAGUGCACUCUAUGAUCUGCUAGAGAAUGACAGAGAGCAUGAGAUCAUUGAUCCUGUGUGCCAUCAGUUAUUUGAGUUCUACAGGUCAAGAGUAGAAAACUUGCAGUACUUCACCAUGGACCUUGUGCCCACGUUGAUUUGGUCGUACCUGGCAGCCAUCAGCAGGAACCAGAAAAAGGCAAUUGGUGGUAUAGAAGCAUGCCUGCUAGGAAUCUAUAAUUUGGAAAUUGUCACCCCCAAUGGAAAACCCAAAGUUGAGACUUUCAGCUUCCCCACUCUGUGCAAAGCUUCCAUUUAUCAUGAGCCCUUUGGCUUGGCCGCCCUGACCCUGACGGAGGCUGCCUUGCAGUCUGAGCACGGAGAGCCAAUGGUGGUGACGAGCAGUGCCAUGCCACAGGUAGAACACAUUAAUUCCCAGAACAGACACAGUGUUUUGACCUAUGUACUGUCAUGCUACAGCAACGUCAUUUGUGCCCUGUCUCCAAGGUCUCAUAUGACAGCUUGUUACUUGGCAACCAGAGCAUGUAGAACUGGUUUUGGUGACCUGGACAGAGUGCCAAGCUCUCACAGCACUGGUCCUGGGCACAGUGACCACAUCCUAGCUGACCCCAGGAUUAAAGUGACUCCAGGGUUCUUAGUGGAACUGCUCAAUAUUGUCUACUAUGUCAUGUUUACCACUCAGCCUCAGCUAGGGGCUGCUGCUCUGGAUGCAAUACAUAAUAGAGCAGCAUACGAGCUCUUCUCUGAUGUUAUGAUGGUGUCCAAUGCCAUUAAAAACUCAUUGCUGGUCAAUCCUAGUGGCAAGCCAAUGGAUGGCCCCAUGGGCAUCAGUGUGGCCGUGUCACCUGCAACCUCGACCCUCUCAUUCACCAAACCUGCAAUCACUAAUGCUUCCUUCAGGACAAAAAAAUUACCAGAUGACAUCACCGUGGAUGAUGCAGAUGCUGCUACGUCCCCAACAAUUUCAGUGUCAAUCUCCGAGGACUACCCGGAGAACCCAGAAAAAACCAAAUCUGGCAGCAAGACAGGAUUCAAACCUCCCAAGUCACCACACAGGAAAGCAGAGAAGAGCAGCAAGCCCCACAAAAAGGAUUCGGCUAAGGACACUGAUGGUGCUAGUCCCAAACCUGGCAGGAGUAGCUUGGGUACCAUGGCAACCAGUAGGCAGGACAGCACAGACAGUAAUACCAACAGCACAACAGGGAAGAUGACUGUGUCAGUCGUAAAAGGGCAGAGCAAAUCUACUGUGGACUCUCUAGAAAUGAUGCCAAUGAUAAAAUCUGUGGACAAAAAGAAAUAUGGGCACAAUGAUGACUCUGUUGGUAAAGUGCAUGCUGAGAGGAAUUCUGGGCAUUUCAGUCAGGUCGAACCUCCAGGAGUGAACAACCAAGAGUCUGGAGUCUGCACUGCCAUUGACACUUGAUUGACUGAUUUAAUUCAAGAAAAUAAAUAAUUCCAAUCUCUGGCUGAGACCUGCAGUUCACAUUAUUACCUUUUUUUAUACACAUAUGUUGCUGAGCAACUUUUCCUGUUCCAUGUCGUUUUUUAUUUGUGUCCUCUAGAGCAUGACUGCUAUUCAAUCUACAGUAUAUUAUUCUGUCAUAAUAAGUUAAGUUAGGGUGAACAUUUUGAACCACCCAUCUACGUGUGGGAUAUUGAAGAAGUCUACUUCUUGUCAACCUCAAUACCCUAUUUUAAGUUAGUUUUGUCUUUUUUUAACCAUUGGAACAAAUGGCAGUGGAUGUAAGCAGCACUUCAGUGCCAGACUGUGAUAAUGAAUACUAAAAUACUAUUGUCUAAUCAAGUCAGUUACUUACAUAGGUUAGGUCAUGUGUUUUAUGUGUGUCAGAAAAAAUAGCACAUCAAAGUCAGUUACAAGAUUGCUGACAAUGGGGGAAUACUCUGUGAGUCUUGGUAUUCACGGGGAUAGGUCAACAGUGGGAUUGAAGUGUUUUAUCAGGAUUUUUGUAGUUAUUUGGAUGCAUCAUACUAGAACGUAAUUGUGUCUACGUGAACUCAUUUGUACAAUACAUAUGUUUAUUUCUGUUAGGUCUUCGUGUGAAUGAGAUUUAAGCAAUUUAGUCUCGGUGAGAAAUUCUGUAUUCAGCUUCAGUCAGGAUAAGUUACAUCCAUUUCCUCAGUAGACCAUCUUCCUGACUUGACUAUUUAAAUCUUUUUAUCUAAGCAAUAUAAAUGUUAAUGUUUUUUUUUUAUUUCAUUUAAUAUCUUUUAGCCAUAAGGGUUAAUUAAAGCUGGCAAGAUGUUUGUGAAAACAUUAAAGUCAGAGCAGAGUUUUGUAUUGUGUAAAUGGAAAACCUCUUGAUUUUGUAUUCUGAAAUAUAGCAAACCUUAACCUCUGUUUUCAUAAGCUGUAACACCUAAUGAUGGGUAAGUUUUUCAACAUUUUAAAGAUUAAAUACUUGAAAUCAAGCAGCUAGUUACUAUACAUUUUUAUGGAAGAUGCAUAAAACAUGAAAGCUUACAUAUGCAGUACAUUGUAUCAGUUGAACAAACCAGACCAGCAUUCAGAAAUGUUAUUUUCAGUAGUAAAUGUGUGCAGGAAUUAAGAGAUACGUAAGAAUAUGAAAAACUAUAGAAAAAUUAAUUCCUAGUUCUAAUAUCCUUGUAAGAGUUACUUCUGAUACAUUCUUCAGAACAUUCAGAAAUUUUUCUCAAAUAUAUGUAAUUAUCCCCUGAAUGUGAAUAUUUAAUUUUUUAACUUGUAUUUGUAAAGACCGAAGACAAAUAGAGAUUCUAUGAUGUUUGGGUGUGGCAAUCAAGAUCUUAUAACUAGGCAGAUCUGUUUUUCUUUCCUAUGGAACACCUUCGCCUAACCAAGCAGGUUAGAAAAAAAACUCUUCCGGUAAGAACAUACACUCUAGCUGUUCGUUAUCACAGUAGAUUUAUUGUGCAAGAUUUCUAUGGUAAGAUUUGAGGUUGACAUUGAGAUUUCAGCAAGUCUGACUGUUGUGGUUAUUGCUGAGGGGUUGUGAAUAAAAAAGCCUAUGUGGCUAUGUUGACUCUAUUCUGUUUGUUUUCUCAUACAUGGCUGGUGGCUAUUGCUAAUGCAAAUGUAUCAGGAAGCCCACAGACACUGGGGCCACAUACCAGUAGUUAGCAAGGCAAAGUUGUCAUGGGCUGUGGUUUCCUUAAUGCAAGAGGUUAUGUAUUUUUGUCACACCGUCUGGUGGAGAACUUGUUGUGUUUAAUGACACAAAUCACUAUUGUGGAAUCACGGAUGUACAGAGUUCGAUUUCACCUUGACGAGCAGUAUUUUGAGAACAGAGCGACAUGGAAGAAAAAUGUGACAGAUUUCACCUAAAAUCUUGUUCAAUACUACCCAGCUAAAAUGAUAAUGGCAUUUUGAAAGGUCAUUUUCAGAUAUAAAAAAUACCAAAUGCACAAGUGCCUCAGCUGAAAGUAUUAAUGUCUUAUAGAAAUAAUUUCCUUUUUAGUUAGUUUGGUGAAGUUCUGUUAUACACGUGUAUUGACAUAUUUCAAAGUCUUCUGCACAAUGGUUUAAGGCACUUUUAUAACAUGAUAUACCCCCCCUUUUCCUAGAAGUAUACAAGCAUACAUAAUCUUUUGCUUAUGAAUCCCAUCAGAGUUCUUAGUAACACCCUACCCCUUGUUAACAAGACACUAAUCAUUCCCAUUCCUUCUAAAAUACUAUUUCUGCCAUCACUGAUAACGAAAAACAAGAAGACCUUGUACCAGAUUUUUGCACACACAUAUUGACAUAAUGUGUCAUAGCACAGACAUUUCCCUAGCUGGAUGCAAAUAAUAAUCUGUUCAUCUUUCAGCGGAAGUCAAAUCUGUGUUGGUGUCAAGUAGUUUCAGUGAUUCAAAUGAUACAGUUGUCUGGUUUAUUUGUUCUUAAGAGCUCAUGGGCAGAAGGGAAGUUGCCAUUGUUUGGGGUAGUUAAA